AUGCCAAAAUAUUUAUCUCCUGAAGUCCUCAUAACUCAAGCUUUGAUUUCUCAUGACUUGAAUCAUGAUCCAGAUGGUGGUCCAAUUCCACCCGCCAUUGGAAAUCUAUCACAGCUGAAUUAUUUAGGACUCCAAUUCAACGAAUUAAGUGGAGAAAUCCCACCAUCUAUUUGCAACUUGAGAUCCCUUCAUGUUCUGCUCUUAUGGAGUAACAAAUUGAGAGGAGCAAUUCCCCAGUGUUUGGGAAACCUCAACAGUUCAUUGGUUGUCCUUCAUUUGAGUGCAAAUCAAAUCACUAGCCUUCAAUCAACAUUUACAAAGGAUUGCAGUCUUCAGUCACUUGACAUCAAUGGCAACAAAUUGAAAGGAACACUACCUCAAACCCUAGUCAACUGCCAAGCUCUGAGAGGCAUUGACCUUGGUGAUAAUGAAAUACGAGGCGCGUUUCCCUUCUGGAUGGAAACGCUCCCUCAACUUCGCGUCCUCAUUUUGAGGUCUAACAAGCUUGAUGGUGAGAUGUCGGCUGCCUCAGAGACGGAGCAUCCGUUUCCCAGGUUGCAAGUCUUGGAUAUAUCGAGGAAUGCAUUUUCUGGCUCGCUACCUGAUAGAUAUUUCAAGAAUUUCCGAGUCAUGAUAGAUGCCAAGGAAAAUAUGACAGGUGAUCACAACGAUUUGUAUCAUCAAUUCAUAAACUUGACGUUCACUUUAAAAGGUUUGAAUCAAACGUUGCAGAGACUGUUGGUUACCUUUACAACGAUUGACUUAUCCAUGAAUAGAUUUUCUGGGAGCAUUCCACCAACUAUAGGAAAUCUUAAUUCUCUAAGAUACUUGAAUUUGUCUAAUAAUAGCCUCACGGGGCAUAUGCCUUCGACUCUUGGAAGCAUGAGCCUGCUUGAAUCGUUGGACUUGUCGUCGAAUAGAUUGGGUGGAGAGAUUCCGAGUGAGCUGGCAAGGUUGACAUUUCUCGCGAAAUUUAACCUUUCAAUGAAUAAUCUUGUGGGGCGAAUACCACAGUCUGGUCAACUUUCUACGUUUCAGAAUGAUUCGUAUAUGGGAAAUCCGGGGUUGUGUGGAGCUCCGUUGACGAAACAGUGUGAAAGAAUUGAUGGAAACUCAAUGGUGCCGAAUGAUGAUGACGAGGAGUAUGGAUUUGUAGAUGGAUUUGGGUGGCGAUGUGUUGUGUUGGGGUAUGCGUGUGGAUUUGGGGUUGGAAUUGGUAUUGGUUAUUUGGUUAUUCGAUAUGCAAGACCAAAAUGGUUAGUGGAAUUCUUUUUUGGCGUUGGAUAUAAGUAUAAGAUGAAGAGAAGAAAUAGAGCAGCAGCAACACCAAGGAGGAGGUGA